GUCUAGUCUACUAUGUGCCCCCCUUAGCAUUAUCCCCUUCGUCUCUCUAAAAGUUCUCCCUUUAAAACACUGUCUGCCGAUGUAGUUAAUUACACACUGCACCAAAUGUACAAUGUGACAAAGAAGCAAUGCGGUGAUUCCGGGUAGUAUUUGGGAAAAGCACAGUGUCGUCGGGAAAUGGCCCUUUACCCAUUGCACUGAGGUCAGCAUUUCAACUCUCGGUUGCUUGUAAUCACACACGGAUGGUGCAGCAGUCGAAGUGGUAUUAGGUGUAGAGUCUAGGUUGAUUUUAGGUUGCACUCUGCUUCACCAAUGAGGAUCGUAUGAUAUCAGUGGAAUCGUUAUUGCCAGAAGGAACUUAGCCACUGGCUCUUUAAAAGGGCAGUUUGUUGUAGCAUCUGCCGAUUACACGGACUCAAAACCCCGCCUUCACGAAACUGGCAUCGAUUCUUACCGGUAGCACUCCGCAGUCCUCACGUUUCAGUCAUCAAAUUGUCAUUGGAAGGUGUCUUGUUCAGGAAUUUUGGAGGAAGACAGAAAUCUUUUGCUGAAUUUAAAUGUGGAUAAGUGCUCAAAUGGAAUAAUGUGAGCGGUUUUAUGGGGUCCAUCGGACAGUCUUGUUCCUUGUUGUCUAAUUUCGGUCUACUGCGUCCUACCCAACACCGUGGGAUUAUUCACGGGAUACCCUGCCAAAGUUCAACCUGAUACCACCAAUGGCCAGUAGUACUCUACAUAUCGACCUCAUUUUUCUUUGACAGCUAUGUUUUUAACGGAAUGCUCGAGUGGAUUUGUUCCUGUGACACACCCUUUCACGUCUGAAGUAAUGUGUUUGUGCUCAUUAAAAUGAAACAAGAUUGACCUGCUGGUACAAUCAGCCUCCAGCAUAUACUGUAUAACAGAAACGGUUCGAAGAUGUCCUCAGUGGUUUUGUCAGAAGUCUGUGAGGUGCCACUCAAAGACCUGCCCUUGGACAACUGGAUGGCACAUCUACCCAAUGCAUUGUGGGACAUACCACUCUGUAAUCUAUCCAUCCCAGGGAGUCAUAAUGCAAUAACAUACUGUCUUGAUAAGAAUGACCGGUCCCCAGUGGAUCUUACCCAGCCAGACGUUCUACAGAAGCUGGACAAGUACAUGAAACCUCUGAUUCGACCUUUUGUUUACAAAUGGGCAAUUGCGCAGGAGUGCACUGUGACGGAGCAGCUUGAUGGUGGAGUCAGGUACUGUGACCUCAGAAUAGCCCAUCGACCCAACGACAGCUCCACCGACCUGUACUUCUACCAUGGAGUAUACACUGCCAUUACAGUAGAGACGGUGCUGAAGGAGAUCAGGGACUGGCUGGAUGCUCACCCACGAGAAGUCGUCAUCUUGUCCUUCAGUCACUUCCUGGGUCUGAGCCAGGAGCUCCACACCAUGCUCAUCUCUACAAUCAAGAAUGUAUUUGCCGCAAAGCUGUGUCCAAAAUCGGAGCCAGUGACCCUGCGCAACCUAUGGAGUCGAGGAUUUCAGCUCAUCAUCUCUUACGAGCACAAUGUAACCAACUGCCACAGUGACCUGUGGUCCCAUAUCCCGUACUGGUGGGCCAACAAGUGCAAAGCUGAAGCGCUGAUAGAAGAGUUCGAACGACGGAAGCAGAACGGCAGGCCAGGUGGGUUCUUUGUCACGGGUAUCAAUCUCACCGAGGACCUGAAGUAUAUCUGUUCCCAUCCCACUGAAUCUCUGAAGGACAUGGUCAUGUCCACCUACCCAGUGCUGCUGUCCUGGCUGAAGGAGCAGAGACCAGGAUCCAACACGGGCUCAAUCAACAUCAUCGCAGGGGACUUUGUGACUGAGAGCCAGUUUGUUCCAACCGUCAUUGCACUGAAUGAGAAGCUACUGAAACGAACCUCGUAAUAUUACGUUUUAAUUUUUUUGGGUCAAAACUAUUCAUUUUUUUGUUCUUCCUUUAAAAAAAAAAGAUUAGCAUGAAACAGAGAAUGUCAGUUCGUUCUUUGAAUGAAUAUUUACCUCCGGCAUUUUGAGAUUUGAUAGGAUAAAUUUGCACUCUUAAAAUGCUGAUGUUUUUUUUCUGGGCUAUAACGGAAAGUAUGCACUGAUUUUUUAUUGCUGACUUAAGUACCUUACUGUAAGUAACCUUACUGUUAACGCAAUGUCUUACUUUUUAUUUAAUUAGGAAGUCACUCAGUUAUUAUUCAACUGACCCUUGCAAUAAUUAGGUCACUUUUUUCAGAGCCCUAAAAUGGAUUUGUAAUUUUUAAGGUCCGUACAAAAAGUGUAGCACUUACAGAUUUGAUGUGUGACAUUAGAAUAGAUGAGUUCAUUCAUUUUGAAGCACAACACGUUUGCCAUUGGUUACCAGUAGCACAGAUGUUCCCUUUACAGAAAUAUGUCUUUGGGUUAGCAUGAGGGUUCUGAGAUGCAGUUUCAGACAUCACAACCUACAGGACCCAUGUAUGCAAGCACACAAUAUUUACCGACCAGAAUCUCACAGGUGUUACACAUUACCAAUAUAGUUAGGUGUAGGAAUACAACAUACUGCUUCUUUCGGAUGCAUGGUACCAGUGGUAUGACUCCUGGCAUGAGGAUUUUUUGUAUUACAACUUUGCUGCUACUGUUCCACAUUUACCAGUCAAGAAAGCAUGAACUCUUUGUCAGCAGGACUUAAGACAAUGGCAUUGUGGAGAAUAUUCACCUUUACAGAAAUAAAGAAAACAAACUCCAGCUGAGAAAAAAAUAAGAAUGUUUCAAAAGGUGUGAAAUAAAGGGAACUAAAGCUAUCAAA